GAUUUUUGCAUGCACACAAAUAAAUCCACCGCUCCAUUCUUCAAACGCGCGCGAAGACAACACAUCCGACAUCAUGGACACCCCCACAUCAAUGCAAUCGAUCUUGGAAUUCUACAACAACAAAGACGACGAUGUGAACCUGACCCCAGAAGAGACGCGCAAGGUGUUCCAAGUGCUCGGGCUGGAGCUCACCGACGACCAGAUCAAACUGCUAGAAGACAUUCCUUUGGAUGAAUUCAUGCAUUCCCUGGAAGCGCAGAGCGUGUCGCGACCCUCCUCGGCCGCCGGCGACAUUGACGAAUUAGAAGAGAAGCUACCACCACUGCCACACAUGCGACAGGACAACACGAUCUCGUACAACCAACUCCACGAGUUUCUGCAGAAUUGCCACCUCGAUAUCCCCCAGAACGCGAUCCUCGAGUUCCUCUCUGGAUGCACCCCCGCCGCCAACCUCUUGGAAGCGGACUCGUUGUACGUAGACAAGGAAGGGUUCCAUGCGUUCCUGCAGAGACACGCGGCCAGUGCGCCGUCCCCGUCGAAAUCUGCCAAGAACCGCAACAAGAAGCGCAAGGCCAAGGCCAAAAAGCGUGCCACGUCGAAUGCCGCAGGAACCGCAGUGGCGCCGUAAUCUACUGGGAAACCCAUCCCUGUUAAUCCAUACCAUUGCAUCAAUCA